GACAAAACUUGUGCUACCCCUUAAAAAUCUGACAGUCACCGAUUAAAAUAAUUCCUUCUUGAGUUAUUAACUCCAUUCUUAAACUUUAAAAAUGUUUCGUAAUCAAUAUGACAGCGAUGUGACUGUCUGGAGCCCACAAGGCCGAAUCCACCAGGUUGAAUAUGCAAUGGAAGCCGUGAAGUUGGGAUCAGCAACCGUAGGAUUGAAAUCUAAGGAUUAUGCAGUUCUGAUUGCAUUGAAGCGAGCAACGUCUGAGCUUUCAGCUCAUCAACAAAAAAUUCUCCGUGUUGACGAUCAUGUUGGCAUAUCAAUGGCUGGAAUUACAGCUGAUGCAAGAAUUCUUUGCCGUUAUAUGCGUCAAGAAUGUAUCAAUCAUAAAUAUUCUUAUGGUCGGGAUUAUCCUAUUGGUCGUUUGAUUAAUUUAUUGGGUUUAAAAAUGCAAGUUUGCACUCAACGCUAUGAUCGCCGCCCUUAUGGUGUUGGAUUGCUUGUUGCUGGAUAUGAUGAUCAAGGACCUCACAUCUAUCAGACUUGUCCAAGUGCAAACUUCUAUGAUUGCAAAGCGAUGGCAAUUGGAGCUCGAUCACAAAGUGCAAGAACUUAUUUGGAAAAGCAUUUGAACUCAUUUAAGGAUUGUGAUUUGUACGAACUUAUCACACAUGGAAUUAAAGCUCUCGCUGGUACUUUGCCAAAUGAAACGAAGCUUAGUAAACAAAAUUUGUCAAUUUGCCUUGUUGGAAAGGACACAAAGUUUAAAUGUUUGAAUGAAGAAGAAACUGAAGCAUACAUCACUGCUGAAGCAUCUCAUGGAACUGGACGUUCUGCUUCUGCAAGUGAUCCUGCAGAUAGUGGAGUAGGUGGAACUGAACGGCGUGAACGUGAUCAACCACCACCCCCAAACCCCGAAGACCCAAUCCCAGAUGUAGCAACCGAAGAUCGUCGUAUGCAGUAAGCGUCAACAUCAGCUUCACAUUUGGCAAUGGGUCAACUCUCUUCUCUUUUUAUAAAAAUAAAUUUUGCUUGGGUGGAGAUUUAGUCAAAAAUAAUUCCUAAAUCUCCACCCAAAUGAUUUUGAAACACAAAAUUCUUUAUGUACUGAAAUGGCUUCUUAAAAAUCAUGAAAAUAAAAUUUCCUUCAAUUUUAU